GGAAAAGUGUGUGGUUGUCAUUAUAAAACCGGAUGCUGUUACAGAAGGAAAAGUUGAAGAAAUAAAGCAAUUGAUUAUUGAAGCAGGCUCUGUCAUUCUUGCAGAAGACAAGAAGAUUUUAACUGAUGAGCAAGUUAGGAAUUUUUAUGAAAGCAAAUCAAAAGAGCCUGAUUUUGAAGACUUUGUUUCAUAUAUGCUGUCUGCACCCUCCUAUAUUCUGAUAAUAUCUGAAAGAAAGCAUGGCCAAAGUAUGCCUUUUUUACAUGAUUUGGAAGAAGUGGAAGAGGAAGAGGAAGAGGAAAAGGAAGAAGAAGAAGAAAAAGAAGAAGAAGAAAUGAAAGAAAGGGAAGAAUUUUUAUCUGAGGCAUGGAGGAAACACUCUGUGACACCUGUAAUUGGUUUGAAAGAGAUGUUGCAAAAUCAAGACCUGUUACAUCACUGUGAUAUUCAGGAUCGUGUUGAAGAAACAAGCAGGCAACUUGCCUUCUUUUUCUCUGAUUUUUCCAAGCAAAGGAAUGAAAAAUUUGUUGAACGAACACUGGCAUUAAUCAGACCUUCUCUUUUAAAAGAAAGAAGAGAAUCUAUUCUGAAUAGAAUAGUGGAAAAUGGCUUUGAAAUAGCCAUGCAAAAGGAAAUCAUCUUAUCAGAAGAACAAGCUCGUGAAUUCUACCGAGAACAUGAAAAUCAAGAUUAUUUUCCAUAUCUUUUGGAUCAAAUGACCAGUGGGCCAACUCUUGCUCUUGCUUUGGUACGAGAGAAUGCAAUCCAAAAAUGGAGGGAUUUACUAGGCCCAAAAAUAAUCCAAGAAGCAAAGGAACAAUAUCCCCAAAGUUUACGUGCUGAGUUUGCAAUCCAUGAUUCUCCAAUCAAUCAGCUUCAUGGCAGUGCAAACACAAAUGAAGCUGCAAAGGAAUUACAAUUCUUCUUUCCUGUAGAAAACACUAUGGCUCUCAUUAAACCCUCUGCUUUUGAAGAUAAAGAUAAAAUUAUAAAUGAAGUAAAAAAUGCUGGAUUUCUAAUCUCAGAAUUGAGAGAAGCAAACAUAAGUCCCGAGAUAGCAGCACAAUUUUAUCAAGAUCAUGAAGAUAAGCCAUAUUAUAAUCAACUAGUGGAUUAUAUGUCAAAAGGCCCAUCAGUGGUUAUGGUUCUAACUAAAGAAAAUGCUGUGGAGGAAUGGCGACAAUUAAUGGGACCAACAGAUCCAAUGAAAGCAAAAGAAACACAUCCUAGUUCAAUACGUGCUAAAUUUGCAACUGAUGUUAUGCGUAAUGCUGUUCAUGGAUCCUCAAAUGAGGGACAUGCUAAAAAAAGCAUUAACUUUAUCUUUGGUGAUAUUGAUUUAGAAAGCCUAAAAUACAAAUACAUUUAUAUGUAA